ACGAGACCCGGCCAUCCACGUGGCCGCGGGGCGGGGACAGGGCGGGCCCAGCGUUGGGAGCUCGCGGUCGCGGAGCAGAGGUCUCCACCCGCCUGGACCUCGCUUCCAGAGAAUGGCCGGGAUGUCCCAGGUGCAGGAACUCUUCCACGAGGCAGCCCAGCAGGGAGCCCUGGCCCAGCCUCAGCCGUGGUGGAAGAUCCAGCUGUUCGUGUGGGAGCCGGUGCUGUUCGGGACCUGGGACGGUGUAUUCACAUCCUGCAUGAUCAACAUUUUUGGGGUUGUCCUGUUCUUGAGGACUGGCUGGCUGGUGGGAAACACGGGAGUGCUGCUGGGCAUGUUUCUGGUGUCCUCCGUGGCCCUGGUGGCCCUCAUCACUGUGCUGUCGGGCAUCGGCGUCGGGGAGCGCGGCGGCGUGGGCAGCGGCGGCGUGUACUCCAUGAUCUCCUCCGUCCUGGGCGGCCAGACAGGAGGCACGGUCGGGCUGCUCUACGUGUUUGGACAGUGUGUUGCAGGUGCCAUGUACAUCACCGGCUUCGCUGAAUCCAUCUCAGACUUGCUGGGCCUCAGGAGCAUCUGGGCUGUGCGAGGGAUUUCUGUUGUGGUGCUUCUGGCCUUGCUGGGGAUUAACCUGGCGGGUGUCAAGUGGAUAAUCCGCCUCCAGCUGCUGCUGCUGUUCCUGCUGGCCGUGUCCACCCUGGAUGUCGUGGUGGGCUCUUUCACCCACCUGGACCCAGAGCAUGGUUUCAUUGGAUAUUCACCAGAACUGCUAUGGAACAACACCCUGCCAGAUUACAACCCUGGGGAAUCAUUUUUCACUGUCUUUGGGGUGUUCUUCCCAGCGGCUACAGGAGUCAUGGCCGGCUUCAACAUGGGGGGCGAUCUCAGGGAGCCCGCUGCCAGCAUCCCUCUGGGUUCCCUAGCAGCUGUUGGCAUCUCGUGGUUUCUGUACAUUGUAUUCGUCUUCCUGCUCGGCGCCAUCUGCACCCGAGAGGCCCUUCGCUAUGACUUCCUGAUCGCUGAAAAGGUGUCCCUGGUGGGCUUCCUGUUCCUUCUGGGCUUAUACAUCUCGUCCCUGGCCUCCUGUAUGGGAGGACUCUAUGGAGCACCCCGGAUCCUGCAGUGCAUCGCCCAGGAGAAAGUGGUUCCCGCACUUGCCUGUCUGGGGCAAGGAAAAGGACCAAAUAAAACACCUGUAGCAGCCAUCUGCCUGACCAGCUUGGUGACCAUGGCCUUUGUCCUUGUGGGCCAGGUGAAUGUCCUGGCCCCCAUCGUCACCAUCAACUUCAUGCUGACAUACAUUGCAGUGGACUACUCUUACUUCUCCCUGUCCAUGGGUGCCUGCAACCUCCCCCCGAUGCCUGGGCCAGUGUCCAGCGAGGGUGCUGAAGCACUCCACUGCUCUGAGCACCUGCUCUUGGAGAAGGCUCCCAGCUAUGGGUCUGGGGCCCUGGCCCAGACCCUCUCUGAAGGCACUCUGCUAGAAUUCACCAAGGACAUGGAUCAGCUCCUCCAGCUCACCAAGAAGCUUGAGAGUAGCCAACCCAGACGAGCCGAGGGUGAUGGGAUCCCAGAGAGUCGGAAGAAGAAACACAAGAAGGCCACCAAACAAACCCUACAAGAUAGCUUCCUCUUGGACCUCCAAUCCCCUGUGUCCCUUCCUCCCAAGGAUGCUGACAGGCUACCCACUGUCUCUGGGGAGGGGCAGGAGUCCAACCAGAACAAGCAGACUUCCAGGCAGGGAGAGACUCAGCCCGGGGGAAUGUGUGGAGAACAACUUGUCCCUGAACUCUGUAACCAGAGGAGGCCAAGUGAAGAUUUUUUCCUGAAGUCUAGACUUCAGGAACAAGAUGUCCAGAGGAUACCGACUUCUUUCUACACCCACCUAUGCAACCCCUGGGUCUCUCUAUUGGGGGCUGUUGGGUCCUUUCUCAUCAUAUUUGUGAUCCAGUGGGUCUACACCCUGGUUAACUUGGGUGUGGCUGCCAUCGUGUAUUUCUACAUUGGUCAGGCCAGUCCAGGGCUUCACCUUGGAUCUGCCUCCAACUUCAGCUUUUUCCGAUGGAUGUGGUCUCUUCUGAUCCCCUCCUGCAGGAGCUGGCGGUCACCCCAGGAACAGAUCAUUUUGGCGCCAUCCCCAGCCAGGGUUGACAUGGCAAUGACUCAGCUCACCCAGGAGAAUGAAGAUUUUGCCACUCGGGAUCGCUACCACCACUCCUCCCUCGUGAGUCCGGAACAGCUGAUGCCUCAGUACUAGGAGCAGCACUGGGGUCCUCCUGUCUAGGAGCUGUCCCCAGCACAGUGGACCCAGUUCUGGGACUAUGUGGGGUUGCUUCUCCUUGGUAGGAAAUUCGAGGCCCAUUCUCAACGCCGCUAGGGUGGAAAUCUGCAUUCUGGCUUGGAGCACCACAUCUAAGUCAGGGUCAUGGUAGGAAUGGCAGCAGUUUCUGCACGUGGCACCCAGCCUGGAGAGCUCCAUGUGAGACGCCAUUCUGAGGGCUAUGAUAAAUGCUUCUUUUAAAUUUUAUUCUAUUAUUUAUUUUCUGUAUAAAGAAUACACUCACGUGGUUCCACCCCCAGAAGUACAAUCAGGCCCAGCCAUGGUGAUGCACAGAUAGUGCCACUGCUUGGGAAGCUGGAGCCACUCAGGCAGCCUGGGUUUGGCUCCCAGACCAACCCGAAUACCCAGAGCACAGUUGCGCGUGCCUAUAAUCCUGGUAGUUGGGAGGCUUGGGGCAGGAGGGUUGCAACAUGGUGGACCCUGUCAGAAAUAACGGUCUCCUUUUCCCUCACUUUUUACUCCCUGCACACCACAUUAAAAUAAAGAAAGAAUGAAUCACACACAGAGUGAAAAUUUCUUAUUAUGGGGCAUACUAGCAUGAGAAAACACCUCCUUCAUGGCCUUCUUGGCUUGGUUUAGUUACAGUUGACGUAAAUAACACAAUGACUCUGAAAAACGUUUACAAGUAGAUGAUCUGAUUAGAGUAAAAUUUUAAAGAGGAAAUCCAUGCCAAAGUUCUGGUUUCAGGACCUGACACGGACUGUAGGAACCAGAAGAGACUUGGGAAGAGGAGAAAAUGGAGGCUUAGGAGACAAAGAGCUUUCCUGAGACCAUAAACAAAUACAUAAUCACAGAACGAGAAAGUCUUCCUCCCAGCCUUGUUCCCCACCUGCUCAGGUCCUAUCCCCUGGCCCAGAAGUAGCCACUAUUCUCAUGCAUAUUUAUGCAUAUGGUGCGAACAGGAACUCGGGUUUGCAUCACUUUUUUUCUAAAUGCAUGAAAGGUAGCACACUAAGCAAUGUUCUGCACCCUGCCAUUUCCCUUAAUGAUCUAUCUUGGAGUCAUUUCCACAUCAAUAUAUAUACAAUUUCCCCAUCAUUUUUAUUGUAUGAAAGCGCUAUCAUUAGUUCCACAGUGAUUGCAUUUGAAUUCUCUCCAACCUUUUGCUAUUACAAUCAGUUCUGCAGUGAAUAAUCGUGUAUAUAUGUACCAGGGUCAAGUAUAUCUGUAGGACAAAUCCCCCAAAGUAGAAUUGCAAGAUCAAAGGGUAU